AUGGCUCACGAAGUCGGCGCAUCCACUUCUUACCUUGAUCCGAAACUUGCUAAGCAAUAUUUGUCCGAAUACAAAACUUCCGAUGGCCUGUCGGCCGAGGAACUUAUGGACUUGCGUGUCAACGGUGGUCUAACUUAUAACGACUUUCUCAUUCUACCAGGACAUAUUGAUUUUUCUGCUUCCGAAGUAUGCUGCGAGUCCAGAAUCACGAGGAACAUUGUGCUGAAGACUCCCUUCAUGAGUUCACCUAUGGACACGGUGACCGAGACUGAUAUGGCUAUAAACAUGGCUUUGUUGGGUGGAGUAGGGGUAAUUCAUCACAAUUGUUCUGCCGACGAGCAAGCCGAAAUGGUCCGAAAAGUGAAAAAAUUUGAAAACGGGUUCAUUCCCGAUCCUGUAUGCUUAACUCCUACCCAUACCGUAGCUGAUGUGCACCGGAUCAAGGCCCAAUUUGGUUACAGUGGUAUACCAAUUACAGCAAAUGGGAAGUUGUAUAGUUUGCUUCUGGGUAUCGUCACUGCUCGCGACAUUCAAUUCCAUGAAGAUCACACAACGUUGCUUAGAGAUGUCAUGACCACCGACUUGGUUGUUGCGCACGAGGGUGUGACGCUCGAAGAGGCUAAUCAAAUACUUCGGUCUAGCAAACGUGGAAAAUUACCGAUCGUUAAUUCUCGUGGUGAAUUGGUUUCUUUGCUGGCCAGAUCAGAUUUGCUAAAGAAUCUUAAUUUCCCGUUGGCCUCCAAAUCUCUUCAUUCAAAUCAACUGCUUUGUGCUGCGGCCAUCGGGACUCAUUCCGAUGAUAGGGUUAGGCUUCAGAAGUUGGUUGAUGCCGGAUUGGAUAUAGUGGUGUUGGAUUCCAGUCAGGGCGAUUCGAUAUAUCAAAUUGAGAUGAUAAAGUAUAUUAAAAAAAAUUAUGGUGAUAGGCUCGAUAUCAUUGCCGGAAACGUUGUCACAAGAGAGCAGGCCGCUUCUUUAAUAGAAGCGGGUGCCGACGCACUGCGUGUUGGUAUGGGAAGCGGGAGCAUAUGUAUCACUCAAGAAGUUAUGGCGGUAGGUCGCCCGCAGGGCACUGCCGUAUAUAAGGUUUCCGAGUUCGCUCAAAAGUUUAAUAUUCCUGUCAUUGCCGACGGUGGUAUUCAGAAUGUUGGUCACAUCACGAAAGCGUUGGCUCUUGGCGCAUCCGCUGUGAUGAUGGGCGGACUGUUGGCUGGUACUGCCGAAUCACCUGGAGAUUAUUUCUAUCAUGAUGGUCAGAGAUUAAAAAGGUACCGCGGAAUGGGUUCGAUAGAUGCGAUGGAACGUAUUUGUAACGUCCGUGAUGCACCAGAUAAUGCCGGUAUAAAAAGAUAUUUCUCUGAAAGUGAUGCCAUUAAAGUCGCUCAGGGUGUUGCCGGGGCGGUCAUUGACAAAGGUAGUAUUCGAAAAUUCGUACCAUAUCUAAUCUCCGGAUUACAACAUGGAAUGCAAGACAUUGGGAUCAAGAAUUUGACUCAGUUAAAAGAAAAUGUGAAAUCCGGUAAAGUUAGAUUUGAACUAAGAACAGCCGCUGCCCAGGUGGAGGGUGGCGUACAUGGAUUGUAUUCGUGA